AUGCCUACCGACAAAUCCAACCCCUACAUACCCCUAGCCGGCGGCGCAGACGACGGUUGGUCGCAAGACGGCGAAGCGACAGCUACAUGCUACUGCGGCGCCAUACAACUUGCCUUUCCAACCCAAGGUCCCGGCCUAGUUGACACGUUCCUCUGCCACUGUUCAGACUGUCGUAAAAUCACCGCCUCCAUGUUCGCCUCCAAUUUCAUAAUUGCAGACUCCCAUCUGAAACACCUACGCGGCCGCGAGAAACUCAAAACCUAUAGUCAGUCUCGAACAAUCGAGUCCGGCAAAAGCAUGACCAACUUCUUCUGUUCAACGUGUGGCUCGCUUAUGUAUCGCGUCGGCGAGGCAUACCCGGGACAUAGUGUUCUUCGCAUUGGAACAGUGGAUGAUUUUCAUUUACAUGAGACUAAGUUGAGGCCGAGGAUUGAACAGUAUACAAAGGAUAGGGUUGGGUGGUUACAUAGCAUGGAGGGUGCUGGGCAGGUUGAGGGGAGUGCUUAUAGUGCGAGAAGAAAAGGGCCGAAGAGUUCGCUUUGA